UCUGCUUCUAAUGAUUCUUUCUUUUGGGUUCUAUUCUUAGUUUCAUUUCAAGCAUUAUUUCUAAAACCCCUAAACCCUUUUGUCUUCUUCUUCAUAUGAAAGGUUGGUGCCAACGUCGUCCCCCAAGCUCGAAGACUUCUUAGGUGGUGCAUCCAUGGGAACCCAUCAGUACAGAAGCAAUGAAAGAGAAGCCAUAGCUCUCAGUUUGGAAAGCAUGUAUUACCAACAAAAUCCAGAACCUGAGACCAACAGACAACACUUUCUCCAACAACCAUUUAGGCAUCAACAGCAGCAUAUACAAGUUCAACAGCACCCAUAUUUCUCUGGACUAACAGGCCAAGAGAUGUUCCAGACACCACUGGAGGAGGAACCAAGCCUGAAGAGUUGGGCUGCUAGGCAGUAUUCAACCAACCAGGCAUUGCAACAGAAAAUGUCUGGUUGCAUUAGUGUAGAUGGAGCAGGGAAUACUGUCUGUUGGUCCAAUGGGCUAUGGGGAUUUGCAGUCUCUGAGCUUGUCCAUGAGGCCUGGUUCUCAGUCAAGCUGUGUGAAAGCCCCACAGAAGAUUUCUCCCACUGCAACUGAAUCUGUGG